GAGUAGGACUUGGUCAUACUCUGCAUCUACUAAUUUAAAGGGUAUAAUCCAUAAGCAUGUCAUUUAACUCCAAUUUUGGGUUUGUACAGUAGACACUUAAACUCUAUACAAUUGAAUAAAUAAACACACACAUCCUAUAUGAUAUCUCUAUGGCAAUUUCUAGCGAAGUGCCAUGCAGAUGUCACGAAGGACGUGUGUAUUUACUUGUUCAAUUUUAUACAAGCUUAAGUGCUUGUACACACUCAAAAUUGAAAAUGCAUAGAUGUUAAGUGAGGUUAAGUUAAAAACACAUUUAUGUAUUAUGCCAAUUUAAAAGCCUUGAAUUCCUCUAAUUCAGCUCUUCUUUUCUUUUUUUGAAAAAAAAAAAUUCUGCGUGUUUUAAACAGAUUGGGCUCUAUCUAGAGUAACUGCGUAAAAGAAUGAACGAACUUAACUAACAAUAUUAUGAUGCAUUUUGAAAUUUGCUGACCACUGUUUUACCAUAAAAAAUUUGGUUGAGUAAAAACUAAAAAGAAUGAGAAAAUGUACAUCAUGUAUAGGUUUGUAAAAGUGAAUGAUAAUUGUUAUAGUAGUCUAAGUAUUUACAAACUAUCUAGUGAUGGUUUAUCUAACUUUUAGCUUUAGAUCCUUUAUAUAACGGGUUUCAUGCAGCCUUAUUUUUUCAAAUUAAGUAUCAGCAAAAAGUAAUAAGAGCUGCUGCUCUGAUCAAUUACAUGGCUCUCCGUGUACUCCUCUUCCUCGCCGCAGCCAUUUCCAAUACCGUCUCCACCACUGACCACAUUGUCGGAGGUAACAAAGGAUGGAAUCCCGGCGUCAACUACACACUCUGGAGCAACAACCAAACCUUCUACGCCGGUGACUUCAUAUCAUUUAGUUAUGAAAAGACACAACAUAAUGUGUUACAAGUGGACAAAUUGGGCUACGAUAGCUGCAGAAUAGAGGGUGCACUUGGGAAUUGGAGUAGUGGAAAAGACUUCAUUCUGCUGGACAAGUCCAAGAGGUACUACUUCAUUUGUGGCAUUGGUGGAUGCUCUAAUGGUAUGAAGGUCUCUGUUCUUGUUCACCCUCUUGCACCUCCUCCGAUGUCAGCCGUCUCCGCCGUGCAUUCUUCUGAAAAAUCUGUUGCUCCGGUGAUAGUUGGUGGUUUUGGGUCGUCAUCAGUUGUGUUGGUUCGAUUAAUGAUAUAUGUAUAUUAUUGGAUUUAACGAGUUUCGGCUGAGAAUAUGCCAUGCUUAUUAAGUAGCUGGAUUUUGAAAUUGCGGCAGCCAGUGUUUGUUUAAUACACUUGUACUGUGUAAUUUUUACUUUGAAAUUUGUUUUCAGUUUGAAA